AUGGUCGGUCCCCACGCAGCCAGUGUUGCCGCAGCUGAUCGCAGCCAGAGGCCCAUAUUUUGCCUUUUCGACAACGCUAAAGUUAAUGCCAGUCGAUCGUCCCGCCAGCCGUUUUACUACAUGUUCGAAACGUUGCCCUUCGCCCUCUGCCCAAAUGUCGUGUAUUCGUCUGUGGGAAUCGCAGACGGGCAGCUGGUCAGCCGACUUCCGCUCUUUGAACAGAAACACGGCUUACCACUGCUGAGGCAAAUAGUGAACAAACAGGGAUUCCAGGACACACGGAUUUUGCUGGUGCUCGGUGGUCGCAAGGAGGACGCCCCACACUUCUGGAGGCUUGGUAGAGACCCCAAUACCUUCGACCUUCUCAUGAAGAACGUGGUGGACGGCAUGAUCAAGUUUCAGCUCGACGGUGUGACUGUUCACUGGAUGGAGCCCACCUCCAACUGUAGCGGUACUGAUCACGACUUGGUUUUGUCGAUUCUCCUGCACCGGUUGAAGGAGACCUUCGCCAAACGUGGCCUGACACGACACGUUGUAUCUGUGAUGCUGGACAUGAGAGCUGACAACCGGUAUCUUCUAAACAGCGUAGCCAAUGUGGUGAACUAUUUUUUCAUUGGCACAAACGUCUUGCGUUACACGGGGCGAGGUCCUUUUCAAGACAUCUGCGCCAACUUGAGCCACGCUCCACGCGUCGUGAUUAGCAGCUACGCCAGUUUCUCAAAGAAUGUUGGGGCAGACCAGCUCUGUAUCAUGGUGGAGCUCGCACCUUGGGGUGCAGCUGGGUUCGAACUGCCGACCGGUGCUUGGAUAGCAAAUGGCAGGAAAGACCUUGUCGUCCUAGUCGACACCUCGCCGUUGCGCGUGCCUAUCGCUGCACCACCCCCUUCGCCCACCUACACAGUGACAUCGCCAGAACGUCGAUUUCUCGACCGCGACGAAGCUACACCCCCCCGACGAGCGUAUGUGCGUCCAGCUGUGGGCAUUGUGGGCCGCUUUGACAUUUCCUCUCCUCCUGUCAUCGUGGCAGCUUCUCACACCCUUCCUUAUUUGAAGCAAGAACACCGCAAUGACCGAAGCUACUAUGUUUCCCCUGUCUAA